GACGUGUGUGUUAUUCUUCUGUGGUCAGUGCUGCAGAUGAGGCGUGGCGGCUGCUGUCCUCCUACCUGGACAGGUGUCCCUCAGCAAACGGCCAGCAUCACCACUGCGUCAUAAACAAGCUGCUGUCGCACGGCGUCCCGCUGCCCGAUUGGCUCAUCAGGUCUUACAAGGGCAUGGACGCUGCCUCCCUGCUGCGUCUCUACCUGAACUUUGACCUGCUGGAGGCGGCGGCCGAGCUGGUGCUGGAGUACGUGGACGCUCUGCUGGGACGCGGACAUCAGUACUUCGGGAUCGAGCGUCCUCUGUCGGCGACUGCAUCCUCAGUGUGGCUGCCGUACACGUCCAUCGAUCAGUUGCUUCAGACUCUGAAUGAGACGCAGACCAACAGCAGCAUUUACAAUAAAGUGCGGGACAAACUGUCCGAUUAUCACCGGCUGGUGGAGCAGACGACCAAACGGAGACUCGUGGCUCGAUGAGGACUCGUCAGGUCAGCUGACGGCAGCGUCCAAUCAGAGGGCAGAGACCUGAUGAUGUAAAUAAAUCAGCUAUUUGUGUUUUUUAGGAUCCUUUGUACGUGUGUUUUUCAUUCAGUCAAAUUAAAGUGUUUUCCUGCA